CGAGCAUCAUGUCCGACCCCAUCUACUGGGCGGCCGUCCCCGGCUACAAGAGUCACCUGGCGGCCGGCGCCUUGCUGCACCGCUCAAAGAGCUGCCGCAGUAGUAACCGGAAAAGCUUGAUCGUCAGCACCCCAUCUCCAACGCUAUCCCGGCCGCUCUCUCCUCUCUCUGUGCCAACAGCUGGAAGCAGCCCCCUGGACAGUCCCAGGAAUUUCGCCACCAGCGCCUUACUCAACUUUCCCUUUGCUCGCAGGGCUGACGGACGCAGGUGGUCCCUGGCCUCACUCCCAUCAUCGGGCUAUGGCACCAACACUCCCAGCUCCACUGUGUCGUCCUCCUCCUCCUCACAGGAAAAGCUGCACCAGCUACCCUACCAACCCACCCCAGAUGAGCUUCGCUUCUUGUCCAAGCAUUUCCGCAGCACAGAGAGCAUCGCUGAUGAGGAGGGAAGAUGCUCUCCCUCCAUGAGGCCACGAUCCAGGAGCCUCAGCCCGGGUCGGACUUCGGCUUCCUUCGACAAUGAGAUUGUGAUGAUGAACCAUGUUUACAAAGAGCGCUUUCCCAAGGCCACAGCUCAGAUGGAGGAGCGGCUGCAGGAGAUCAUCACCAGCUAUUCUCCCGACUACACGCUUCCCCUGGCAGACGGGGUCCUGGGCUUCAUCCAUCAUCAGAUCAUUGAGCUGGCCCGAGACUGCCUGGACAAGUCCCUCGGGGCGCUCAUCACCUCCCGCUACUUUCUGGAGUUGCAGGAAAAACUGGACAAGAUGCUGCAGGAUGCCUAUGAGCGUUCGGAGAGCGAGGAGGUCACCUUCAUCACUCAGCUGGUGAGGAAGCUACUGAUUGUCAUUGCUCGGCCAGCUCGUCUCCUGGAGUGUUUGGAGUUUGACCCGGAAGAGUUUUACCAUUUGCUGGAAGCAGCGGAGGGUCACGCAAAGGUCGGGCAAGGAAUAAAGACCGAUAUUCCUCGAUAUAUCAUUAGUCAGCUGGGUCUGACCAAGGACCCUCUCCAAGAAAUAGGUGAGUUGCAGAGCUAUGACGAGGAGAACACAGUGGCUGUGGAUGCAGAAGACCCGCCGGAUCAGAACCGAGGAACCUCGACACCGUUGCGGAGGAAACCGAGGGAGAGUGAUUUUGAGACCAUUAAGCUGAUUAGCAACGGAGCGUAUGGCGCGGUGUACCUGGUGAGGCACAAGGAGACUCGGCAGCGCUUUGCGAUGAAGAAGAUCAAUAGGCAGAACCUGAUCCUGCGGAACCAGAUCCAGCAGGUCUUUGUGGAGCGCGACAUCCUGACGUUUGCUGAUAACCCUUUCGUGGUCACCAUGUUCUGCUCCUUCGAGACCCGGCGUCACUUGUGCAUGGUCAUGGAGUACGUGGAAGGUGGAGACUGCGCUAACCUGCUGAAGAACAUGGGGCCGUUAACGGUCGAUAUGGCGAGGAUGUACUUUGCGGAAACGGUCCUGGCUUUGGAAUAUCUCCACAACUACGGCAUUGUCCAUCGGGACCUCAAGCCAGACAAUUUGCUGAUUACUUCCAUGGGACACAUUAAACUGACAGACUUCGGCCUCUCCAAGAUUGGUCUGAUGAAUAUGACCACCAAUCUCUAUGAGGAGCACAUUGAGAAGGACACCAGGGAAUUUAUCGAUAAGCAGGUGUGCGGAACCCCAGAAUACAUUGCCCCGGAAGUGAUCCUGAGACAGGGGUAUGGGAAGCCCGUAGACUGGUGGGCCAUGGGAGUCAUUCUGUACGAGUUCCUCAUUGGCUGCGUUCCGUUCUUCGGUGACACUCCAGAGGAGCUGUUUGGGCAGGUGGUCAGUGAUGAGAUAAUGUGGCCGGAGGGAGAAGAAGCUUUGCCCCCCGAAGCCCAGGACCUGAUCACCAGACUCUUGAGGCUAAACCCUCUUGAUCGUCUAGGAACGGGUGGGGCCCACGAUGUGAAGCAUCACUGCUUCUUUGCGCCUCUGGACUGGAAUGGGCUCCUGCGUCAGAAGGCGGAGUUCAUUCCCCAACUGGAGUCCGAAGAUGACACCAGUUACUUUGACACCCGCUCUGAGAAGUACCAUCACUUAGCCUCUGAGGAAGAUGAUGAUGAGACAAACGAUGAAGAGACGACGCUGGAGAUCCGUCAGUUUUCCUCCUGUUCCCAUCGCUUCAGCAAGGUUUACAGCAGCUCCGAGUACCUGGCCACGCCGUCCAACCUGAGCUCCUCGACUGAGCGCAGCCACAGCGAGGAGAAGUACGAUCGCAGAGAUCGCUGGGAGGAUGAUAAGAACCAGACGCUCAGUGUUACUUACAGCUCGAGACCUCGGGCAUCCUCGGCCUGUUCCCAUCUGGACCGAGGCGGCAGCAUGUUGAUGCUGCGCAGCGGGGCCAACACUCCGGAGCCCCCGCCGCGCUUGGCCUUCUCCAACGAGGACGAGAGCGAGGUGUGCGCGCUGACCCAGCCCGUCACCCGCCCAGUCUUGCAAGAGCCAGACCAGGAGAGAGAAGGGAACCGGCUGAGGAUGCGAACUUUCUCCGAUGUUCUCGCUGAUAGUAUCAAUCGCAUGCGGGUGCGGAGCAACAGCACCGGCCACAGAAACUCCUUCCCCAAAGCGCUGGACCCCGCAAUGGGACACAGACAUGGGGGCCAGACGGAACCGGUGGAGAUAAGCAAGGUGAUGCCAGGACACAAAGUCCCCAAGUCGGCAUCCGUCAAUGCUCUCUCGCUAAUUAUCACUCCUGAUGAGCUGGGCUGUAUGCCCCUGAUCAGUCCUGUAUCUCCACACUCCCUCUCAUCCAAUCCGUCCUCCAGAGAUUCCUCCCCCAGCAGGGACUCCUCUCUGAUCAUCGCAAGCCUGCGGCCUCCGAUCAUCAUUCACAGCUCCGGAAGGAAGCUAGGAUUCACAUUGCGAGCCAUCCGAGUCUACAUGGGAGACAGCGACGUGUACACAGUCCAUCAUAUGGUCUGGAGCGUGGAGGAAGGGAGUCCAGCACAGGAAGCGGGGCUGAGGGCCGGGGACCUCAUUACCCACAUCAACGGGGAGUCUGUGCUCGGCUUGGUUCACACUGACGUGGUGGAGCUCCUCCUGAAGAGCGGGAACAAAGUAGCGAUCAGGUCCACACCACUGGAGAACACCUCAAUCAAGAUCGGGCCGGCGAGAAAAACAAGCUACAGGGGCAAGAUGGCCAGGCGGAGCAAAAAAAACCGGAAGAAAGAUGGACAGGACAGGCGAAGAUCGAUCUUCAAGAAGAUCUCCAAGCAGCCGACUGUGCUACACACAAGCAAGAGCUUCUCGUCUGGUUUGCACCAGUCUCUCUCCUCCAGCGAGAGCCAGCCAGGCUCCCCCACUCACAGUCUGUCUCCCGGGCCGGCCACUCCCUGCCGCAGCCCAGCCCCCGACCAUCAGUCCGGGACAAUCUCUCCGCAGAGCACCUCACCGGCCUCGAGCGCUCCGAACUCACCGGCCGGACACAUCCGGCCCUGCACACUGCAUGGACUGGCUCCGAAGAUCAGCAACCAACGCUUCAAGGUCGGCCGUCGCAAGUCGACCAGCAGCAUCCCCCCCUCUCCGCUGGCCUGCACCCCCUCGCCGACACCCCAGCCUCCGUCCCCGCAGCGUUCCCCCUCCCCUCUGUCCUGCUACUCCAAGAACUUCCACCUCUGCCAUGGGAAGAACCUCUCGCCUCCCACCAUCGUCAGGCAUGCGGCCCGUCCCCGCAGUGCAGAGCCCCCCAGGUCCCCUCUGCUGAAGCGCGUGCAGUCGGCAGAGAAACUGUCAGCCGCCUACCUCGCUGAUAAGAAGGCACUCGGCUUGUGGAAGCACACGCUGGAGGUGCCUCAGGGCGAAGGCCUCCAAGCCACGGGAGAGAUGGAGAUCGACCUCCAGCCCACGGUCAGCCGGCCAUUGCCAGAACACGGCCGCUUGGUUCACGCGGGAAGCCCUAGGUUAAGGGACUGGACGGGGGAGAUUCACGAGAGAGAUCAAGAUAUUGUGGUCAUGAGGAAGCUGAAAUGGUCAGAGCGCCGAGAUUCCUUUAAGAAGCAGGAAGCCGUGCAGGAGGUGAGUUUCGAUGAACCCGAUGCCACCAGCGAGCUAGGGAGAGCCAGGAGAGAUCAAAUGGGAGAAGAUGGUGCUCGGAGGCAGGCGUGUUCUCAGUUUAAAGUACCUUGGUUGGAGAGUGAACUUGACUUUGAUUCCAGUCCCAAGUCAACUUCCAACAAAUUCCCAACAGAUCAUCUCAGAAGUUCCAGCAGAUGGCGGUCACCCUUCGUACCACAAAUCGAAGUUUAUAAGACGGAGGUUGAAGGGCAGAAGAAGGGCGUUGUGGAGUGGGAAUGUCAGGGCAGCUACCCAAUCUCAAGGUUGCCUCACGACCCCUUUGGGCUCUUGGAUAAACCCGGAUUUGCCGAAUUAGAAAGACUUGAGCAGGAGUGGGCGAGUCGGUCAUUGCCAGGAACCCAUUCAGAGAAGGUUGAACAGAGUUUACCGGGCGAAUUACCCGUGACCCCCAGACUAAUCGCUGGAACGUUUAGCACAUCGCUGCUGUGUCCCCUCAUUCCAGGAAACAGCCAAGUAGAUUUGUUGGACUAUCAGACGACAGAUCCCAGGCCCUCGGUGACGACGAGUGAGAGUUUGACACAGUCCGCACCGGCUGCGGGGUCACCCGGGCAGGGACACCGCACGGAGCUGCAGGGAGAACCCGCUUGCCGCAGAGAGGGCCUGUCCGAUAGACGCGGAGCGGACGAAAGCACCUCCGAUUGUCCGGACGGGAGGACGAGGAAUCGCAGGAAAGGAAGGAUCAAAGACUGAGUCUGGCAGUGGGCGAUGCCGAAGAGAUAUCAACAAAAAAAAACAUUUGGGUUAAUGUUUGCUAAGCUGUGCCUGUGUUUGUGUGCGCAUGUGCGUGUGUGCGCGCAUGUAUGUCUCUGGAUAGGGUCCAGGACAAGGUGAAAGAAGGUUUCAGUAUUGUAAAUAUCCUGGUUUUGAUCAAACGCUUUUUAAAGGUCUAAUAUGAACCAAGUUCAGCAAGGUCGCAAGUGAGAGUGAAUGGAAAUUUCUUCAGCUGUUAAAAUACAAUUGGGAGUCUUCAAGCGCCGUUACUGAUGUACAUAUAUACAAGCGAGCAGGUCAGAGCAGAACAAGGAAUUAACUGUCAUUAAUUUAUUUAAUACAUUUAUAUAAGCUAAUAACAAAUUGGUAAAUGGGGCCAAACUCUAACCUGGGCUUGUCAGCUGUCUGAAGACCAGCUUGCGACUGCCCGCCAGGAUAGGGGUAAGGGGAGGGAAGUGGAGUUUUUCUCUCGACUCUUCAAUGAAUAAUGGUGAUAAUUGUCUACGUUGGCUCUGGACUGAUAGUUGAGCCAGGUAGCACUGCACUUAAUUUGUGACCAGACCUCCCACUAGGCUCAUGAAAGGCACUGACUGAUGAGCAUGUCACUACAGAGGGUGAAGGGGGGGAUUAUUUCCACCCAUUUCCUGCCAACCUUUCUUCUCAACUCCCUGAUCGCUAAGUUGGUCCUAGCUGCACAGUCAGCAAAAAGGUCACCAGUGGUUUAUUUGUUUCAUUCCCAGUGUUCCCCCCCCC